GAACCGAGUGAAAUGGUGGCGAUCGAGGGGACUGGCAAAGCUAUUGGUGCUGCCUGGGCCCUGCGUGCCCUGCGCGCAGCGGGCUCUUUGCGUCUGCGUAGUUCGCCCACCUCCCUUUCUGCCUCCGCUGCCGCCAUGGCGCCCGUGAAAAAGCUUGUGGCGAAGGGGGGCAAAAAAAAGAAGCAGGUUCUGAAGUUUACCCUUGAUUGCACCCACCCGGUAGAAGAUGGAAUCAUGGAUGCUGCCAAUUUUGAGCAGUUUCUCCAAGAGAGAAUCAAAGUGAAUGGAAAAGCUGGGAAUCUUGGUGGAGGUGUUGUAACCAUUGAAAGGAGCAAGAGCAAGAUCACUGUAACUUCUGAGGUGCCUUUUUCCAAAAGGUAUUUGAAAUAUCUCACCAAAAAAUAUUUGAAGAAGAAUAAUCUACGUGAUUGGUUGCGCGUAGUUGCUAACAGCAAAGAGAGUUACGAAUUACGUUACUUCCAGAUUAACCAGGAUGAAGAAGAGGAGGAAGAUGAGGAUUAAAAUUCAUUUAUCUGGAAUAUUUUGUAUGAGUUCUUGAAUAAAACUUGGGAACUAAAA